AUGAACACUGAAAGCAAGUCCCCAUCAAUACCAGCGACUCCGAUGGGAGAAGACACUCCAUCUUCCGACGAAAGUACAUCCCCUCCAUGGUACACCUCAGAACCGAAAGGAUCUAUGGUCAAUUUUGGUAGUCCUACAGAGCUUCCGCAGAUAUACGAUGAAGUUGAGGUAUUAACCUGUGGACAAUACGUUUACCAGGUAUAUGGACUUUUCGGAUUAAAUAUCUUAGAAAAGGUCAUCAUAGCGCUAGAACACCCCAGGGUGUUAAACGACUAUGGGAUAAUCCAGAUGGGCGCAAGACCAGGCUGGAUUGACGUGUUAUUCCUACAAGACAUCCCAUGGGUUCAUACCAUGCUGAUGUGGUUUUGCUCGGCCUUCCGCGCGCCAAUUUUAGGGAUGGUAUCCCUCUCAUAUGGUACACCAGAAGACACCGAUGUUUUUGAACUACAGCCUUUAGAACCGCUACCUGUCAUGUCCAGCAUUCAUCAUUGCUGUUCUGCAUUAUUUGGUUCCGCGGCCAUUGCUGCGAGACCGGGAACUGACACUACGAGAGAGCUUCUGUUGGAUAUAGAUAGAAGUAUUGUCGGGGAAUAUGUCAGAAGGGAAUACUUGAGGAAGCCAAGCAAUGAUGUUCAUUUGUCUUAA